AUGGCAUUGAUUGCCACCACUGCAAUCGUUUUCAUAUCUGGACAUAUCCGUGUGAGUUUACAUAUACUGACUAUACUCAAAAUUAAGUACAGUGACUGGGUAUUGGGUGGUGCCAAACCAAAUACAAAUUGUGAGGAUCUAUAUGUAAGCGGAGAAAGAAAUUCUGGUGUAUAUAGAAUUCGUCCAUUUGGUAACGAGAUCCAGGUUGACGUGUACUGUAACAUGGCAACAGAGGGUGGAGGCUGGACAGCAAUCCAAAGACGGAUGAGUGGAUCUGUGGGUUUCAACAGAACAUGGGCGGAGUACAAGAAUGGUUUUGGAAAUCCUCAUGACUCUUAUUGGAUUGGAAAUGACGUGAUGCAUCAUCUUACCAAGGGAAGGAACUCUUCCCUCUAUGUCUCACUUACGUUAAAACAUGGUACAACUUUGUAUGAAGUUUAUCAUCAGUUUUCCAUUUCUGAAGAAGCAGAAAAGUACAGACUUUUUCUUGGAGGACCAGCUAAUGGAACAUUAGGUGACAUGUUACUUAACACUGGCGAUUCCUCUUCUGUUCUGUCUGGGAUGUACUUCAGUACCCUGGACAGGGAUUACGACAGCAGUGGUGUAUAUAACUGUGCUGCUUACUUUGGAGGAGGCUGGUGGUUCAAUGCCUGCCAUUACGCUUGUCUCAAUGGUCCCUGGAACACAUCAGCCUGGGUUAAUCCUUGGUUUCCUAAAGUUCCAUCCGGGAUACAUGUGACAGAGACGAUAAUGAUGAUUAAGCCUCAUUAA